GCGGAGUUUGUAGUAAUGUCCAGAUCUGUGAGUGAGUAUUUGAUUCAAAAAUCAAGAGAAGCGACUGACGUAGAAUUGGGACAAAGUUGGGCCCAGCUUGAUGAACUACACGCCAAAAAGCUGUGGCACCAAUUGACAGAGUCGAUAAGGGUCUUUGUCAAUCAUCCAUGUUUUCAAAAUGGCGGACUAGUUGAGUUUUAUCAUAACUUUAUUACGGAUUUCGAACACAAAAUCAAUCCAUUGUCACUCGUUGAGAUCUGCCUCGUCAUUGUAAGAGAAAUGAAAGAUUACGACGAAGCACUAUUAUUUAUUGAAAGCAUUAAAGAGAAAGUGAAGAAUGAUGUAGAGUCCAGAGUUCUGUGUAUGGUUGCAAUUGGUGGAGUUAAACUGAUUGCUAACAAACUGGACGAAGUUAAAGAGAUUAUGGAAGAAGCUGGUCAAUUGUUAGACACAAUUGAUGGUGUUACCCCAGUUCAUGGCAGAUACUAUGAUUUUUGCAGCGAAUACUCCAAGAUUAAAGGUGAUCAUGCUGGUUACUAUAGCAAUGCAUUGAAAUAUUUAGGCUGCGUUGAUCUGACUACCAUGACAAUUAAUGAGAAGUCAACCAGAGCCUUUUGUAUAUCAAUUGCUGCUUUAAUUGGAGAAGGAAUUUAUAAUUUUGGAGAGCUAUUGGUUUUUCGGCGUCAAGCUCACGAAAGACGAAUUGACUUUAGUACGAUUGCUGAGGCAGCCCAAAUUGAUAUUAACGAUGUGGAGUUAUUAGUGAUGAGAGGUUUAUCCCUCGGCUUAGUAAAAGGCACAAUUGAUGAAGUUGAUAAGCAAGUGAAUAUGACUUGGGUCCAGCCAAGGGUCCUGGAUUAUUCACAGGUAUCUCGUAUUAAAGAGAGGGUCUGUGAAUGGGUCUCGCAGAUCAAACUAACAAAACAGCUGAUGGAAGAUUCAGCCCCUGAACUCAUCAUUGCUAAUUAAAAAAAAAUAAAUAAAAAUAAUCAAAAACCACUUUUAUCGUAUGUAAAAUAUUAUGACAUGAGAGUGUAAAUGACAUGGCAUGA